AUGUCUUUCCAGAACUUCGAUUCGUUCCAGAACCAGCACCCUGCUGCUGACGCCGCUGCGGCUGCCCCCGGCGCUCCCGCUCCCGCGGACACCACCAUGACUGGACAGACCGACCCUACCACCGCUCCUUUCCAGGGCCCUGCUCCCGGUGAGCCCUCCGCCGCCCCUGUCCCUCAGCAGGGUAACGAGGGCAAGACCACUCUCUGGAGCAACGCCGGCUACUGCUUUGUGGACUUCUCUUCCCCCGCUGCCGCUGCCAAGGCCCUGUCUCUGAACGGUACUCCUAUGCCCAACACCAACCGCCUGUUCAAGCUGAACUGGGCUACUGGUGGCGGCCUGGCUGACCGCAGGGGUGUCUACUGCGGCAAACCGCUCCCAUGCGCAUCUUCGACCGCCCACCCCCAAGAAACAAGGGGCCCCCGGUGUUGUUCUCCCGGUGCGAAUGGGUAUGCCCCCGCCCGGACCGCGGCAUGUAACCUCCCCGAUGGGCCGCCCCCUCCCAUUGGGCCUUCUACCGGUGCUCCUCAGCCCAUGAACCAGUUCACUGACCCCAACAACACCACUGUCUUCGUUGGUGGUCUGUCCGGCUACGUCACCGAGGAUGAGCUCCGCUCCUUCUUCCAGGGAUUCGGCGAGAUCACCUAUGUCAAGAUUCCCCCCGGAAAGGGCUGCGGUUUCGUCCAGUUCGUCCAGCGCCACGCUGCUGAGAUGGCCAUCAACCAGAUGCAGGGUUACCCCAUCGGUAACUCGCGCGUCCGUCUGAGCUGGGGUCGUUCUCAGAACAACUCCGGCCCGGCCGGCAGCCCCUAUCGCCCUGCCCCUCCCCCGCCUCCCAUGUACCCCUCGAUGGGCAUGCCUCCUGCCCACCAGUAUGGCGGUUUCGCGCCCAUGAAGGUUGGUUCCCCUGACCACACCGCUUGA